AUGCUUAUCUCUCGCAGAAGAUUAAAUGAUGUAAUAGACUGCAAAGUCAUCCCAAGAGAAGAUAUUGCGGCGCAACACAAGCUACUGGUCAUGGAUUUACACAUCAUAAAUAAAUCCACUCAAAACAAUAUAAAACUUGAACCAUGCAUCAAAUGGGGUAGAUUCAAAUCAAUGACAGAUGCCUUUUCAAUCAAUGCAAACAUAGAAACAAUAGAUUCCUCACACGUCAGUGAAAAAAUCUGGACAGACCUUUCACACUGUCAAAUCGACAUUAGGCUUGACAAGGGGAGGCAACAAAUCAUUCAAAGAACUAUGUUAUGUUGGUGGAAUGAAGCGGCAAAAACCACUAUACAGGAAAAAAAAAAUGACAAGACUAAAUACAAAAAGUCCAAGAGAAUAGCUACAAAAGUGGUGGCUAGGGCCAAAGCAAUGGCAUACGAUGACAUGUACGAAGAACUACAUACUAAGGAGGGGUAUAAAAUAUACAGAUUAGCCAUACAGCGAGAAAAGAAUUCUAGGGAUAUAAACAGAGCUCCUAAAGAAUCAAAAAUAAAGAUUGGAAAUUGA